UGUUGGGGGAGGAAGAGGAGGAGGAUCAUCUCUCCCUUGAGUUGACUUUGCCGUUUUAGGGAGAUUAGAUCCAGUUUUCCGCAAACCCACCAAGACCAGAGCAAAGACUGGAGAGGAGACGCCAGGAGCUGAAAUCUGUACCAUCAGUCGGCGGCUCAUGGCCGGUUCCUUGUAGCGGAGCGGCUUUUUCUUAUUUCGGGUUUGUGCGCUUGGCACCGUGCGCAGCUUUCUGUGACUCCAAAGGGAAACCAUAUCUGGUCAAAGUAUUCGUAGCUGUCAUCCAGCAGAGCCGACCGGCUAUUAAUAGCGGCGGAGGAGCUGCGUUGGAAUCCCUGAGAAAACUUGAACAGUUGGCUGCCAUUAUCAUUGUACCUCUGAAUUGGGGAUCAUCAAGGGUUGCAGUUCAUCAUGUCGUUGUUAAAGAAGGAGAUGGACAAGUACAGGGACAUAGACGAGGAUGAACUGCUACAAAAGCUCUCGGAAGAGGAGCUGCAGCGGUUAGAGGACGAAUUAGACGAGCUGGAUCCUGAUAACGCCUUAUUGCCGGCCGGUCUUCGACAGAAGGACCAGACUAAGAAAGCACCAACAGGAACGUUUCAGAGAGAAAACCUGCUGGCUCAUCUGGAAAAACAGGCCACUGAGCAUCCUGACAGGGAGGACCUGGUGCCGUUCACUGGCGAGAAGAGAGGGAAAGCUUUUGUUCCUAAAAAGAGGGUGGACCCCAUCAUAGAGAAUGUGACACUAGAACCAGAGCUGGAGGAAGCCCUGGCCAGUGCCUCUGAUGCAGAACUCUGUGAUAUCGCAGCUAUCCUGGGCAUGCACACCCUAAUGAGUAACCAGCAGUACUACGAAGCUCUGGCAAGCAGCACCAUAGUCAACAAGCAAGGCCUCAAUAGUGUGAUUCAGCCCACCCAGUAUAAACAUGUCCCUGAUGAGGAGCCCAACUCCACUGAUGUUGAGGAAACGCUGCUGAGGAUACAGAAAAACGACCCUGACUUGGUGGAAGUUAAUCUCAACAACAUAAAGAAUAUCCCCAUCCCAACACUGAAAGCUUAUGCUGAAGCCCUGAUGAAGAACACUGUGGUGGAGAGGUUCAGUAUUGUUGGAACAAGGAGUAAUAACCCCGUUGCAUUUGCACUGGCAGAGAUGCUGAGGGUGAACACGACCCUGAAGAGUUUGAAUGUUGAGUCAAACUUCAUAACUGGGACUGGAAUCCUGGCCCUCAUUGAGUCACUGCAGAAUAACACCACACUACUGGAGCUUAAAAUCGACAACCAGAGCCAGCCGCUGGGAAACAAAGUGGAGAUGGAGAUAGUCAGCAUUCUUGAGAAAAAUACCACCCUGUUAAAGUUUGGCUAUCAUUUUACCCAACAGGGCCCGCGUCUGCGAGGCUCCAACGCCAUGAUGAACAACAAUGACUUGGCCCGGGCCGUCAGGUCAGAAUCAGACGGCUCCAUCACCUUCACUCUGUCGGUACCUGAGCUGGAAAGAGCCUUUGGAAAAAAGUUCAAGUCCAAGACUAAUAAGAAAGAGAAGGCUUGAGGGAGGACCCAUCUUCCCAAAGUGUCGGACAAAUGUGUAGAAACGAAGCCUACCUUCAUCCUCUUUCCAAUCAUCCAUGCGCUCCAUUAUCAGCCUCUUUGUUGGUUGGUAAAUGUUGAGAUUAUACUUUUAUUUUUCACAUCUGGAAUGUGCAUUUCUACAAAUUGGCAAAGACUUCAAAAACUGCAGCUGUUUGUACACAACAGCAAGGGGAUGCAUACUUUGUGUUAUUAUUAAGAGUCCUGUUUUGAAUGCAGACCUAAUGUAUAAGUAAUGGUCAUAUUUUGGCUCCUCCUGUUUGUGACAUGAGUUCAAUCUCUUUACUGAUGCUGUUUUGUAUGAGUUGUGUGACCAUUAGUAUUGUUCCGAGCAGUUUUGUUGUCAACAUAGAAUAGAUUCCAUAAAGGCAAUGUUAAAGUUCAGACUCAAAUGAUAAAAAUAUCAGUGCAUAGUUAUGAAAAUUUGAGGUAAUACCAAAUUUUUGUGCCAGAAACGCCAUCAUACAUUUUUCUCUGAUAAAAAGCUUGCAAUUCUGAGAUGUGUCCCUUCAUAUGACCCCAUUUCUUUCUUCCCCUAAUGAUACAAUUAUGUUCUGCUAAAGAACAAUGAACAUUUUAUUGAAGGGUGUGAAUCUCGCUCUCUUUAAACUGUGUAAAUCCUAUUAAAAUAAUGACCCAAAACAUUGUAUCUAAAUCGAUAUAAGCUAGUCUUCCAUUUGAUGAUUGAUUGUGGUUGUAAUACUUCUUGCUGUGUUAUUAUACAGGUGUAGCUGUUUUAUUACAAUAUAUAGAACAACAAGAGAAAAAACUUUUUUUUUACCAUUAACAUUGGGGAGUCUACUGUAUUUUGAUCUUACCACGUUAAAUCUACUAGAUCAUUUUAAAUGAUCAGGAAUAUGAUUAUUAUUCCUGUGUCACUUUUAAUACAAAGUAAAACUUAUGCAUAUCUAACCAAAUUUAUGAAGUAUUUUUAAAAACAGAGGAAGGAUCCAUGCAUUUUCAUUCAUAAACAAACAAAGUCUUUAAUUUAUUGAUAAAAACACAUGGACUAUUCUGUUGUUUUAAAAAGCGUUUCAUCCUUUGGUGGUAUUUGUUCUGGAUGCAAACAGCUCUACCUGACAGAUAAAGGGAGAUAUUUGAGUAUAAAACUGAAUUAGAGUCACUACUUUGUUACAAUCCCUUAAUUUUCUAGGGCGUCAUUCAACAAAUGUUAAUUAUGAAUGUAAACAAUGUAAAAAAUAUUUGUAACAAAGUGCCUCACUACCCUACUCCUUUGUCUUAUGGGCAAAUGUUUGUGUUUUAGUGCCUGUUUUGGGGUUUUCUAAUGUAGAAUGCACAUUUUUAGUUAAAAGUGUUUGUUCAUGAGUUUAAUAAAGUUUGAAGCUUUUA